AUGGGCAGAGGGGGCGUGGCCGGGCCGGCCGUGGCCAAGGUCAUCCGGGGGGCGGGGCGGGGGGAAGGGCCCCCCCCCCCGCCCGCCGCCGCCGCCGCCGCCGCAGCUGCCCCGCCCCCCCCCGCCUUCCUCGUGCACGAGACGCCGGACGACAUCCUCCUCGUGCUGCCGGGGGGGCGGGGGCCGCCCCGCGCCCCCCCCCGACCCCCUACCGCCCCCCGCCUCCCGCGGCGGCGGGAGGCGGGGGGGCGGCGGGGGGGUCGGGGGGGGGCGGUGGGCGACGGGGGGCGGGGUCGGGGCCGCAGAGCGCCUGGGGGUCCCGGCUGCCCCCCCGAGAUCCUCGGCCGCAUCUUCCAGGCGGCGGUGGAGCAGGAGGGGGCCGUCCCCUUCCUCUGCAGGGCGGCCCGCGUGUGCCGGCUGUGGGGCCGCGCCGCCCGCCCAGCCCCGCCUCUGGCGGAGGGUCUCGCUGGGGGGGCGCGGGCCCCACAGCCCCGGCCGGGACCUGGGCGCGCUGCGCCGCCUGGCGGCCAACAGGAGUUCGAGCUCUGCGACUGGGGCGGCCACGUGGGCGCCGUGCUGGAGGCGCUGGGACAGCACUGCCCCCUGCUGGCCUCGCUCUGCCUGCGCCGCUGUAGGGGGGUCCCGGCCCCCCCCCUGGCCCAGCUGCCCCCCCGCUGCCCCCGCCUGCAGCGCCUGCAGCUGUGCCACUGCCAGCAGGUGGAGCCCUCGGCCGUGGGGGGGUUCCUGGGGGCCACCGGCCCCCGCCUGCAGCAGCUGCUGCUGAGCUGCGGCCCCCCGCCUGGGCACCAUACUGGCCAUGCUGGCGGUGAGUGGGGACCCCCUCCCCGCCCCCUGCUCCCCCCCUGCCCCCGCCCCCGCGGGGACCCCCGUGACCCCCCGGCACCCCCAGGGCGGCCUGCUGCCCCGAGCUGCGGCUGCUGGAGCUGGACACGGCGCUGGGGGGCGCCGGCCCCCCCCUGCCCCCUGCCGGUCGAGGAGCUGCAGGUGGCGUGUCCGCACCUCCAGGUGCUGCGGCUGCUGAACCUGAGCUGGGCCCCGCGCCAGCGCCGCCGCCUCGGCCCCGGCUUCCCCCGGCUGGAGGAGCUGAGCCUGGCGGGCACUGGCGGCACCGGCGUGAGCGACGAGGUGCUGGGGCGGGUGCUGUGCGCCUCCGGCCACCUGCGCCUGCUCGACCUGCGUGGCUGCACCCGCGUCACUCCCCAGGCGCUGCUGCAGCUGCCCUGCCCUGAUCUGGAGCAGCUGUACCUGGGGCUGCCCUGCGGUGUGGAACAGCUGCCCCGUGUCACCGAGGGCAGUGCCGGGCUGGUGUGGCGGUGGCACCGGAGCCUGCGGGAGCUGGACCUGGCUGGGCGCAGCUUCAGCGAGGAGGACCUGGCACGGGCGCUGGCUGCCUUUGGCCCUGGCUCCCCCUGCGCUCCCCUCAACCUGGCCGGCACCAAGGUCACUGCAGGCGCCCUCAGCACCCUGCUGCCCGCCUGCCCACACUUGGCCUUCCUCAACCUGGCGGCGUGCCGCUGCCUGCCCCGUGGCACCAAGCGAGCCCACCGUGGGGUCCCCGAGGUGCGCCACUGCCUGCAGCUGCUGGGGCGGCCACAGCGAGACCCCCCCUGGACCAGCUUCCCCCGGACCAGCUCCCCCCGGACCAGCCCCCCGGCGAGGACCCUCUCGGCCAGCCGCUGCCCCAGCAGGCCUAGGGGGAGCCGGGACCCCCCCCAGUGACGGGGCCAUACUGCACCCCCUACCCCCCAUCGGUGUGUCCCCCACCCCCCGAGUUUGGGGGGUCUCACCCGGGGCCGGGCAAUAAAGGGCUCCCUGGCGCUGCAGC